GACGUGUUCCCUGAGCCGAAUAUGGCAGUGGAGGCUGGAGCAGGCCCACUUUCGCGAUUGUUUUGGGCAGCCACACGGGAUGCGUUUGAUAAUGGGAAAUCAGUCUUUGUGAUGCUAUUCCGCCGACGCAAUGACCGCCAUCCGGUGGUUGUGCUUCUCGGAAAUCGGCUAUCCGAAGAAAGCGGAAGGCGGUAUGGUUGCUGUGUGGCCGUGAUCGGACACAAGCAGGAAGUGUUCGCAGUGGAAAGACAAACGGAAGCAACGCAACGUCAGCUUCCAUUGCACGAAUCGUUGAUCGAAGCUGGUGCAGUGCGACAAUUUGAAAGAGAAGAAAUGGAUCCGUGGCGUCAAGUUCUCCACGACACGCCUAUACUUCCAGCACAUUCUGGGAUUGCUGCAACAGGAGUGGACCUAAGUUGCUAG